AUGUUCAUUCAGAAAAGAUUUUUGGUCAGCAUUGGCCUUUUAAUGGUUUUUUCUUUGUCCGAAUGUGAUUUUGGAGAACUUAAAAUUUUGUUAAAUUCAAAGCAAUGGCGGCAUCUAGAAAAUGACUUGAACAACUAUAAUAGACAAAAUUUAGUUGCUAGAGGAGGAAUCAAUAAAUUGAGAUGGCCAAAUUUUUUGAUUGACCCCAUGGAAAUUGAAACAAAAGCAUCCAAAAGAAAUAUAGCAACAGGGAGAGGUGAUGGAUUCAGGCCUGGAUGA